AUGUCGGCCGACCCCAAUGGUUCGACAUCACAGGCCUUGAUCUCCGGGCGUCACAACUAUAAUAUAAAGGCCCGCGAUGAGCACUUGGCGACCAUGAAAGACAUUGUCUCUCACCUGAAAUCAUUGCCAGUAAUUGAAAAACGACUCCAGGAGUAUUAUUCAUUCAGUCAAGUUGCGCUUGUGCCUAGACUGCUUGUGUUGCAGCUGAUCGCUUCCGUUCGAAUUGGUCUUGCAGCAUCAGGCUAUAUAAAGGAAGAGAAGGCCGAUGAAUUGUCCGUUCACCAUUGUUCGCGACUAGCAGAGGAUCUUUUACGCUCAUCCUCAUCGGAAGUUGUGAUCACGCGAGACUUGGACAUGGAGGCCUUCUGUGCGUUAUUCAGCGGGAAGAAUUUGCGCAUAGAGACUCUUGGUCUAUUGUAUACUAUGGCAGCACGCUCGUCUCUCUAUGCCGUGGGUCACGGACACGACAAAUACCAAGAUGAUGGGUUCAUUCGGGAAAUGGGUUGGUAUGGCAACUUGAGCUUGCGAUUGGCUCGUGAGCUUGCUCCACAAACAACUGAUCUUAUGACAUGGCUUGCCCAUGAGAAUCUCCAACUUACCACACUUUUUGAGGGAGACGCAAGUCUAGGUGUUUGGCGCCGGGUGGGCGAACUCGCUACAGAUUUAGUAGCAUUAGGCCUGAAUAGAGAAGCAACAUACUCAACUACGCCAUUCUUUUUGGCACAGUGUCGACGAAAAACCUUUGCCAAGGCUUAUUAUCUCGACAAAGUGUUUGCAGCGGUGUUUAACCGGCCGCCUCGAAUAUCUUCUCGGUAUGCAGACUGCAAGCUACCGUUGGACAUAUCUGAUGACGAACUUUUCACAUCGUCAAACAAGCUAGAACAAACACAAUGCAACCUGACGCAAGACGGAUGGAACACAGAUGGGAAGCAUAGAGCUGCAACAUGGGCUCGAAUACGUUAUAUCUUAGCACAGUAUCGUGAGGAGACUGUCGAAUAUCAAUUUCGAUCAUUACAACCCGCCGAUGCUAUGAAGCUCAGGCAGGACUGCUGGACAUCGAACCUCCCACCGGCUCUUUGUCAUAUGCAUGCGAAAGUCUACUUGUCAUACCUCCACAUUCACUUUCAAGUUUACCGAUUACUUGGCAAUGGUGAUGGAAACAUGAAUCCUCAGCCAGAGUUGCUUGAGGUGUCAGCAAACAUGCUCGAAACAGUUAUACAAAUGACGAAUUGCCGCAGGAGAACCUCUUACUCAUUUCUCGAUCUGCCUGGAAUUAUUCUUUCGUACGGUUUACCAUCUGCUGCAAUACUUUCAACUGCACUGGAUCCUGAUAUCCAACAAUCGUCAAAGGAAACAAAGCUUCCCCCUAGCUUGAAGACCUCCAACAUCAUUCGGAAUCUUUCUGUCCUGGUGUCUCAACUUGAAAGUGUCUCCAGUCCAGUUGAGACCAAUCGUGUAUUUUGCCUCAAAUCCUCCCAGGCUAUCUCGCGCAAGCUCGACCAUAUAUUGAAUAGCUUUACAACAGCCAAGUCUAUAAAGCCUUCUGACUAUCCAGAGCCGGUCCCGGCACCGCAUACGCUAGACAAUACAUCCUUCGAGGCAAUGUCAAAUAUUGAUAAUAUUGGCCUUGUUAAUUUCGAUCACUUCGAUCUUGCAGAUUGGGCAAUUGAUUUUGGUAUAGGAACUAUGAAUGAUGAGUGGAACAUGUUUUGA